AUGCUGCACUCCUCGAACGAUCAAGUCUACUGCAUGUCAACGUUGUGGAUUCGCAAACGAGUCGAAAUCAGACUGGACAUUCGUGAACAAGAGAUGCCACGACUGCAGACGCUCUGGACACAAGCAAGCAUUCUGCAAAAAUUUCCGGGAGAAGAAGAAGCGGAAGCCGAAGCUGAAGCGGAAAGAGAAAAGAUUCAUGGGGAGACAGUACGCAUGCGUCUUGAUACUGGAGCGGAUGUAACAAUGCUGAGCACAGGAGACUGGACCGCCAUGGGUCGACCGAAGCUGCAACCAUCCCGUCUGACACUGAAGUCUGCCAACAACGAACCAAUCAACUUCCGGGGAUGCUACGAAUGCAACUUCAUCAUUGAUGAUCAUCUAGAAUAUGGUACUUGCCAUGUAGCUGACUCGCUGUCGCUGUUGGGGUUAGAUUGGAUCGCCCAACACGAGCCACUGCUUCGUCACCUGAUGGAAGUGAAACCAGCUGAUGGUGUACUCCAACAACAUAUGGAUGCUCUUAUCGCUGGAAUAGAUGGAACCUCAGCCUAUCUUGACGACAUAUUUGUUACCAGUAGAACCAUUGGCCUACACAAUACUCGACUAAAGACGGAGAUCAGCUAUGUACCUUGGGUUCGUCAUCAACGCACAAGGACACGCCUCGAUCCAGAAAAGAUCAAAGCUAUCCAGAAGAUGCCCGCUACGAAGGAUUUCCGUAAAAAUUGUUGA